GAGCCCAGAGUGAGCGGACCCGCCUGUCGUUUUUAAUACAGAUGCGCUCGUGCGAGCCUCGUCGUUCAGCACCGAGAGAGCGGACUCGCACACGGAGCCAUGACGGCAGCGGGAGACGACACCUACGACGUGGUCGUAAUCGGCGGAGGAAUAUCAGGUUUGAGUGCAGCCAAGCUGUUGAAGUCCAAUGGACUCAACCCAGUGGUCCUGGAGGCCCGAGACAGAGUCGGAGGCCGAACCUUCACUGUGAAGAACAAGCAGGCCAAGUGGGUGGAUCUGGGCGGCGCUUACGUUGGCCCGACUCAGAAUCGAAUUCUCAGACUGGCCAAAGAGUAUGGCGUCAAGACCUACAAAGUGAACGAGGAGGAGAACUUGUUGCAUUACAUCAAUGGGAAGUCUCACCCGUUCAAAACCUCCUUCCCUCCCUCAUGGAACCCCCUGGUCUGGCUGGACCUGAACCAUUUCUUCAGAACAAUGGAUGAGAUGGGCGAGGAGAUCCCCAGGGAGGCUCCCUGGAGAGCACCCCGUGCUGAAGAGUGGGACAAGAUGUCCAUGGCGAGCCUGUUGGACAAACUUUGUUGGACCAGAGCCGUGUACAACUUCGCCACUCUGUUCGUCAACGUGAACGUGACGGCGGAACCCCAUGAGGUGUCGGCACUCUGGUUCCUUUGGUACGUUAAACAGUGCGGCGGAACCAUGAGGAUCUUCUCCACCACCAACGGAGGACAGGAGAGAAAGUUUUACGGCGGCUCGAGUCAGAUCAGCGAGGCCAUGGCCCGAGAACUGGGCAGCGGAGUCAAGCUGCAGUCUCCCGUCUACAGUAUCGACCAGACCAAAGACCUGGUGGUGGUGGAGACGUUGGACAAACAGACAUACAAGGCCAAAUACGUGAUCCUGGCCACCCCUCCGGGUAUGAACAUGAAGAUCCACUUCAACCCCGAGCUGCCCCCACUGAGGAACCAGCUGAUCAGCCGCGUGCCCAUGGGCUCGGUCAUCAAGUGCAUGGUCUACUACAAAGAGAACUUCUGGAGGAAAAAGGGUUACUGCGGCACCAUGGUGAUUGAGGAGGAGGAGGCCCCCAUCGGUCUGACGCUGGACGACACCAAGCCUGAUGGGAGCUGCCCUUGCAUCAUGGGAUUCAUUCUGGCUCGGAAGUGCAGGAGGCUGACGUCGCUGACUAAAGAAGAGAGGUUGAAGAGGAUCUGUGAGAUCUACUCCAGAGUGUUGGGCUCUGAGGAGGCUCUGCGUCCGGUGCACUACGAGGAGAAGAACUGGUGUGAAGAGGAGUACUCCGGAGGCUGCUACACGGCGUACUUUCCCCCAGGAAUCAUGACCCAGUUCGCCAGGGUGCUGAGGGAGCCGGUGGGGAAGCUGUACUUCGCAGGGACCGAGACAGCGACGGAAUGGAGCGGCUACAUGGAGGGUGCCGUGCAGGCCGGAGAGAGAGCGGCCAGAGAGAUUCUGUGUACGAUGGGCAAAAUCGACCACACUCAGAUCUGGCAGAAGGAGCCACCCAGUCUGGAAGUCCCUGCUCUGCCCUUCCCCACCACCUUCUGGGAGCGGAACCUGCCCUCGGUGGGAGGAUUCUUCAAGCUCCUGGGAGUGUCCAGCGCUCUCUCCGCCGCCGCUGCCGCCGGCGUCAUCGCCUACAAGAGGGGCAUCAUCCUGCGCUCUUAAACCGGCCGGCCGUUCCUCUCCUCACCGUUUUGGUGCAUUCGUGGGUUGAUCAGAUGAUGCUUAGAAACAGCCUUGCAUUCAUACAACAUUCAAGUUUUGAUUUGGGAGGCACCUAUGUAGAGUCUAGCCUUCAGGUGCUGAACCUCCAACAUAGCAGAAAAUCGAAGAAACGUUUGGUGCUAAUAUAUUUGCUUGCACUCUAAUAUAGCUUCACCAGAACAGCUCAAGAUGAGAGGUGAACUUCAAACUUUAUGGGCAUUUUCACCUGGAUAAACGUAGAAUUCCAGGAGCCUCACCAACUAAAGUGACAAAUGUAAACCUAAAUCUUUUUGGGGCGGGGCUUAUGCAGUUUAACAUCGUUCUCAUUUCCAAGUGAGAACGCCAACAAAGUUAGAAAUUUAAGGCGUGAUCAUCUGAUUAUCAUCGGCAUAUACAUAAUCCAUCAGAUCUUGGUUCAAGUCAACUCCUCAGCGCUGGGUUCACAAACAAAUCCAAGUGGUUUCAUUCAUAAUUUCAUCGCUUCCAUCCUCACAUUUGUAUAUAAUUUUUCUGUUUUAUUUUCAGGUUUGGGGCUCAAAUCAUCUGAAGUACCUUUAGUUGCGAUCCAAACUUGAACAGUAUCAUUUUAACUCAAGCAUUUGAAUGUACUUUUUGAAAUAUAUCUUCUUUUAAAAUCGAAGGCCAGAUGAGAAUUUUUGUUUUGUUUUUUUUAAUACAAUUGUCGAGACAUUAUUGCACCUUAGCCUGUAACAUUUUAGGACUCUUAGUUAUACCAAAAGAAAAAGUACUUUAUGUUUCAAAUAUAUUUACUACUCCAAUGUGAGCAGCUUGAAAACUCAUUUGAAAAUACAGAUGAGUAUGAAACGUCUGAAAAUGACUCGUUCGUGUCCAGAGGACCGUGGUGUGUGUGUGCCGUUACAGUGAAGUAUUUGUGGUGCCUUAAUGGAAGUUUGUGUGGUGUUUUUGUAAAUUUCUCUCUGAAGUGCCUGUGUGACUGUGGGUCCUCCAAAUGUCCCCUGGUGGCCCAGCUGGACGUCUCCCAUCAGUUUUGUCUUCAAACCUCCGCAGCUCACUGUGACAAAGGCCGUGCAGAGGAGUGAAGCUCAGACUGACGACCAAAUCUCUAACCCAGCCUCUUACCCAGGUCAGAGCGCUUUGGCCUCUGUUGCACUGGUCUAGCUGCCCAACGGCCCCUUGCAACCGUCCCUUCAUUUUAUCGCAAGCUGAGGCCGAAGGUUUAGGAGAGAAUAGAGCCACACAAGCAUGAAAACGGCCAGGACUGUUCACCUCUGCUGUUUUUUCUAGCAGUAAAAAUAAGGCCUGUGUUUGAAGCUGUGUUCCUAAACUUUCGGCCCUCUGACCACAGAACAAACAGCGGCAGAAACCUCAUUUCCCAAACUGCGUCAGCACAAGGUUUUCCAUCCCAUGAUCCUCACCGAUGACUGUUCCUCUCUGUCUGGUCCUAAUCUGUGCUGGUAAUUAUUCUUAUUCCUGUGACCCGUCUGUUGAUGUCUUUGAUCUUUGUCUUUAAACAAAGCUGGUGAUUUAAGAAAAAAAAAACAAAAAACAAGGAGACAAAAUGUGAAGUAAAAUUUUCUGGUAAUCUACUUUACUGGUUGCGUGUCUUUUUUUGGGUGAUAAAAAAUAGAAGGAGCUCGUGAAAGUAUGAGCUGAGUUUUAUGUUUGUUUUUUCAUGGUUAACCUUUGAUAAAAUGUAUAAUAGCAAAAUGAAUUAUAAUAAUAAAUAUACUUCCACAAUGUGUUUCUGAUUAAAUAUUAAGAACUGUAAAAAGAAUUUCAUAAUUAUUAUUUUAAAUGUAAUUAAGACUUCAUAUAUAAUGAGGUAAAACAACGGUGUUGAUUUGAAAAGUCAAGUUUGAUAUUAUUUUGAAAAACUACUUUUGGAAGUGAUGUGUGUCUUUUUUUACUCUGUCAUUACUGUGAAAAACGGCUUAUUUGAGCGUGAACAUUUCUCAGUUAAACAAUUCGUCCUAUAAACUGGCAACACAUCACCUGGUGUGUAUGACAAUAGGCAGAAUAAUAAAACUGAAUAAUUACUACAUUCUGGGUCACAUUAUUAUUAUUAUUACAUUGUUAUUUAUUCUUAUUAUU